AUGACAAUAUCGACAACAAUUAUGGCUACUGUUAUUCAAUUUUAUUCAAUUUUAAAUGAAUCAAUGGCUCUUGAUUUAUCUCAUCAAAUAGUUAAUCAUGGUUUCUUACGAAUUAUUCAAUAUUAUCAUAGACAAACACGAAUUCCACCGAUAGCAAUUUUAAAGUUAUAUCCCAGGUCAUUUCCGCUCGGUCGGAACCGGCUGGAACCAGCUGAAUCCGGUGACCGUCAAAAACCACUUGAAUCCGGUGACAAUCGAGAAUCAGCUGGAUCCGGUGACCAUCGGAAACCAGCUGAAUCCGGUGAUAAUCGGGAAUUACCUGGAUUCGCUCCUCCGACAGCUUCAACAUCUCUUUUCGCCUGUUUUCAGCCUAGAUCUACUACACGUUACAAGCAUCGCUCUCAAACGAAUCAAGCGUACUCACCAACUUAUUAA